UCGUCACCGUUAAGAUCGGCGCCAGAGUUUUGAACGGCGCUCCUUUUUUUGGGUGAUUGGUACUCUGCGUGAUUUCCUGGAUUGCGGAUCGCGAUGACCGUCCCAUCCGUGGAGGAACUGGACUCGUUCAAGUACAGUGACCUGCAGAGCUUAGCCAAGAGUCUGGGCCUCCGGGCUAACCUUAAGGCAGACAAGUUGUUAAAAGCCUUGAAAGCCCACCUUAAACAGGAAGCAAGAAAAGAAAAUGAGAAUCAGUAUGAAAAUCAAAUUUCUGCAUCCUCUUAUGAUGAGACCGAGAUACAGAUGAGCAGCCAAGAACAAGCAGAGAGGGAGCUGGCUGGCCAUGUCACCAAAAAGAGGAGAAAGCGCAGGACAGUCCACAGGAUUCCUGACUCCCAGCAGGAUCAUUCAGACAUAAAAACAAGAGAUCCCACUGAGUUCCGCCAUCAAGAAAAGCAGGAAAACCAGGAACUCAGAACUGCAGCAGAGGUCCCUUCUCCACUAGUCGAGAGCCAAGAAGAUGCGAAUGCAGUGUGCUCGGGGAAAAGUGGAAUAAAUGGUAAUGAAGACUCAAAGGUACCUUUAGAAAGGAAGAAGUCUCUCUACACAGAUGGGUUUUCCAAAUCUGGAAAAAAUAAAAGAACUGCAAGCACUACUCCAAACUUUAAGAAGCUUCAUGAGGCUCGUUUUAAGGAAAUGGAGUCCAUUGAUCAAUAUAUUGAGAGAAAAAAGAAACAUUUUGAACAACACAAUUUACUUAAUGAAAAGAAGCAGCUUGUCACUAAGGGAGUGGUGGCAACUCCAGUUUGUCUCCAAGAAAGAUUCUCUGUGGCUUGUACUCCUACAAGCCAGCGGCACCCAAAAGCCCAGGGCGCUGCAGGUCGGAACACCUCAUGUGUGAAGGGGUCAGUUAAGCGCUCCACUCUCUCAGCAACUAAAAUGAACGUCAGGUUUUCCGCUACUACUAAAGAUAAUGAGCAUAAGCGUUCGCUGACCAAGACUCCAGCCAGAAAGUCUCCACAUGUGACCGUAGCUGGAAGUACCCCAAAAGGCCAGGCUGUGCUUGGGACUCAAAAAUUAAAGACCACAAAAGGGGAUUCUGUUGCAGUUAUCACCCCACUCAGGUUGACAGCUGAUGCAACACAGACUCCGGUCUCCCAUAGGAAACCAGUGUUUGAUCUCAAAGCAAGUUUGUCUCGUCCCCUCAACUAUGAACCACACAAAGGAAAACUAAAACCAUGGGGACAAUCUAAAGAAAAUAAAUCUCUGAAUGAGCAUGUAAACAGAGUUAGCUUCCAUAAGAAAAUGUACAAACAACCUCGUCUCCAGGCCAGGGAGGAGCAGCGGAAGAAACAUGUGCAAGAACGAAAGGAGAAGAAAGCAAAGGUUUUGGAAGCUCGAAGAGGCCUCAUUAUGGCUGCAGAUUAAUAGUUUUUUUUAACAUCCUGUAAAUAUUUCUUUAUUCUGAACCUUUUUUGUAAAUAUUUUUAUACUGUCCUCCCUACUUUAGUAAAGUUUUUUCUGUUAACUUUGUUCAUAAUAUGUAGUGUUGGUGGGUUCUUCAUAUGUUACAGUCUCUGAAAAGAUGUUAUUACCUUAAAGCUCACAAAUUCUUCAAAAUAGUUUUAACCUAAGUCCCUGUACAACCCAGUUUUCUAAUGAGACCCAUCCUAUAGAUUCUUGACCUAGAUUUUUAAUGUCAAUUCCCUCUGCUGGUUCUAAUAUUAACAGAACUCCAGUCUUCUAAGCAAAAGCAAUUACCUAUCAGUAGCUAGUUAUACCACAGGCUUUAGUAGAAAUUGAACAAUAACAAGUUAUAAACAGGGUAAGCUGGGAAAAGCCACUUGAUGCUCUAGAGAAUCUAGUAGUCUUAAUGAAACUGUGGGCCAUAUGGGUGGGUUAUGGCAACAAUAUUUUACCUAUGUGAAGUGUUUUAAGCUUAUAUGCACCUUUGUUCAUAUGAAUUCAUGCAGUUGCCAUCUGUCACUCAAUAUAUUCUUAAAAACAAACUAUAGCUAAUUCUAGCCUUGCUUAUUUAAAAAUAUACAGGGCCAUAUUGAAGUUUGAGGAUUGCUGUAAGGAUUACUAUGCUGUGUCAAACUUAAAUCUUAUACAAUUUAUGGAAAAGACUAGAGUUGCUUAGCAUCAUAUCCAUGUUUGUUGCACCAAAAUGGACCUUCUGAGUUUUGUACUGCUUAAGGUUUUCAUAAAUAAAAUUUUUUCUCACAGUGGUA